AUGGUAACUCAUCUAGUAACAAUAACAACUCCUACUGAACCAUCAACAAUAGCUAAACGAACUUUAUUUCGUGUAGCAUUAUGUAUUGCUAUGGUUGGUUCAGUUAUUGUUAGUACAAUAUUAUUUUUACAUGGUGGAUUAGCUCUUGGUCAUCUUCGAUAUUUUAUUGAUAUUGGUCAACAUCCACUUCAUAUAACAUCAUCAUUUAUACUUGUUUUUGGUUUUCUUUCAUUAUUAACAUUUAUUAUUUUAACAAUUGGAUUAAUUAAAGUUAAUCGAACUUAUGCUAUCGUAGCUGCUGGUUUAUUAAUAAUCUGUUCACUUAGUCUUAUUAUAUUUAGUAUUUGGUCAUUUAUUACUAUUUCAAGUGGACAAUUGCCAAAAUCAAUAAAUAAUACUUUAGUUAAAGAAAUAGAUCAAACACAAUAUAAUGUCGUUGUUGGUAAUAACAUUAUUGUUGAUAAUACACUUAAAAUGGCAAACUUAGAAAAACAACAUCAAUGUUGUGGCCUUGUUGAUCCAAUUGAAGAUUAUCGAAGUCGACAACCGUCUAUUUUUGGAUCAUCAUCAUCAUCAUCAUCAUCUUCAAACGGAGGAAAUACAAAAGGAAGAACAACAAAUUCUCAAAAAAAUCCAUCCCAUUAUGCAUCAUCCGUUCUAUUACCAAUCAGUUGUUGUAAUGAAAAAUAUCGUUCAAAUGAAAAUAAUUUAUGCCUUGAUGUAUCUGGAAAUACUACAAAUCCAUUAAAUCGAUAUAAUACAGGUGGAUGUUAUACUAUAAUUGUUGGAGAAAAAUUUCAACGUAUUCAACAACAAGGUUUUAUAACAAUUGUAGCUAGUUGUUUAGCUGUUAUUAGUUGUAUUGCAUUAGCUGCUGUUAUUCGACUUUUAGGUGAAGGUUAUCGAGUGGUGCCAGUACGAACUGCUACAUAA